CUCGCGUUUAGUUCUCUUUCGCGUGCGCCAAAACCAAGUAACCGAGUUAACAAGUUGCCGGCCAAAAUAAAAUUCAGUUUCAGUUUCGAUUUCGAUUUUUUGUUUUCAAACCCAUUUAAGUUUCGGUUACCAAUUCAAUUGCUCUCAAAGCGAGUGUUAUACAUCUAUUUUGAAGUGCUCGAUUGAUUGGCCGAUUGAUUAGCGGGCCACGUGAAACAUGCAAUUCAUGGCAAAUAAAACCCUGAUAAUUGGUGGCAUUCUGCUAAUGGGACUGGUUUUGGUUCUGGCCAAGGAUCACAGCCUCGAGAAUGCUCCACAUAUCAGACACAAACGCGGAAUCUUCUGGGACUUCUUUCAGAAGAUGGUCAUCACCAAGAACCUCAUUGUGGAUCAAUAUACGGAUACGCGAAAUACCCUGAACGAUAUAUACAAUACUGUUAACGAACAGUUCAGUGACCCAGGUCCCGAUAAACCCACCAGUCGUCCCAGGGUUACCACUGAGAAAACUUCCAUCAGUGGAGAGGAGAGUGGUAGCAACAGCGAGGAACCCACCACAACGGAGGCCUUCCAGAUUUCUCGUUACGAACUGGGUCGCAUCCUGGGCAGAAACUACCGGGGUCUUCAAAAAUUGGCUAUGAGCGAGUUCAACACUGCCCUCAACGCCACCAAGUACAAUCUGGCUGAGUACAAGUCGGAGGCGGACAAGCAGUUCGCCAACAGUUUGGCCGUCGAAAAGAAGAACAAGCUGAAGAGUCUCAAGGGCUGAGCCACGCCCACAUCUCCAGUUAUAGUUAUCACUGUGAUAAAAUGACGACCGUUGCCUAUUUAUUUGCUCUUCUCCCCACAAAUGUAUCGAACAAAAUGCGGCUGGGAAAGUGUCCCCAAACGCAUACGGAUUGUGUGUCAAAUUAAAAAGUUUUCUGUCAUUAUUUUAUUGAUAAACUUUUAAGUUAAAAAAGCAGUACCGCAAAAAAGAAAAGAGAAAAACGAACAGCAAAACGAAAGGAAGGAAAAGAACGAAAACGAAAACAUUUUAAGACGGAAAAGCUGCUGGGAAAAACUAGUACAUACAUAAAAUGAUGGUUUUUUGUGGUUUUGUUUAUAGCUUAAACUAUAAUUAAAAAAAUGUGUGAGUCAAGAAAAAAAAAGGUAUUAC